AUGUUGGACCUGAAUUCCCAGAAGCUCUCAGGGUCCAUCUCUCCUCACAUCGGGAACCUUAGCUUCUUGAGGGAAUUGUGGCUCUGUGAUAACAACUUUUACCAUGAAAUCCCUUCCCAAAUUGGGCGGUUGUCACGGUUACACUACUUAUCGCUGGCCAAUAAUUCUCUCACUGGCGAAAUCCCUAAGAAUAUAUCAGGUUGCCUUAACCUCCUUUUCUUCAAUUUGUUUCAAAACCAAAUGAGUGGAGAAGUUCCUCCAGAGAUAGGCUCAUUGGUGAAGCUUCAGUAUCUUCAUUUAGGACGAAACAAUCUAAGAGAAAGUGUUCCUUCUUCCAUUGGGAACUUAUCAUCGUUGGAGAAGCUUUUUCUUGAAUUAAAUCACUUUGGCGGGAGUCUUCCUUGGGCUCUAGGCCAACUGACCAAACUAAAAAAACUUGGUUUGGCAGAAAACUGGUUGUCAGGUUAUGUUCCCCCUUCCCUCUACAAUUUGUCUUCAUUAGUAGCAUUAGACCUAGGAGUUAACCAAAUACAUGGAAGUCUUCCCAGUACAAUAGGCUUUGGUCUCCCCAACUUAGAAUUUUUCAGCAUCCAAGCAAACCAGUUUGUUGGAUCAAUCCCUCCGUGGAAACCAAAUAAUGCCACACAUCUACAGAUACUUCAACUUGGAAACAACGAACUCUCAGGGAGUGUACCUUCGUUUGAAGGUUUGCGUAACCUUCGACACUUGAGAUUGGAACUUAACCACCUUGGAAGUGGGGGAUCUGGUGACUUGAGCUUCCUUUGCUCAUUAACCAAUAUCACUUGCCUCACCUCUUUGCAAAUUUAUGAUAAUAGAUUCGGUGGGCUGCUGCCGGAAUGCAUUGGUAAUUUUUCCGUUACUAUCAAAGGAUUAACAUUGGGCGAAAAUCCUAUUAGUGGUAAGAUCCCUAGAGCAAUCGGCAAUCUUGUGAACUUGGAAGUCUUGGGGAUGGACAACACCAUUCUUUCAGGGGCUAUCUUGUUUGCUGUGGGAAAUCUUCAAAAUCUAACAUACCUGGAUCUCUCCAAUAACAAUCUAUCAGGGGUAAUUCCAUCCUCUUUGCAGAACAAGAAAUUGCUUAAAUUAUAUCUUAAUGGGAAUCACUUUCAUGGGUACAUUCCUUCCCAUUUGGAUAAGUGUCAAAGUCUUAUGGACCUUGAUCUCUCUAACAACAACCUCAGUGGUUCCAUAUUCCCAGUGAUUAAAACUCUCCUCCAUUUGAACUUGUCUCGCAACCAUUUGAAUGGGGCCCUUCCGGCGGAAGUGGGACAAAUUGACCAUUUAAAUACUUUGGACAUUUCGGGCAAUAUGUUCGGUGGUCAAAUUCCAAGCACUCUAGGCGAUUGCAAUGCAUUGGUUGUAUUAGUAAUGAAGGAUAACCACUUCCAAGGAUCCAUUCCUCAAUCAAUUAGCUCAUUAAGAAGCAUUGAGAAAUUGGAUCUUUCCAAUAACAAUCUAUCAGGUGAGAUUCCGAAGUUCUUAGAGACAUUUCACUUCCUAGAAAUUCUGAAUUUAUCCUAUAACAAUUUUGAAGGCAUGUUACCAACUGAAGGAGUCUUCAAGAAUGCAAGUGCCACUUUUAUUAUUGGAAACAACAAGAUCUGUGGAGGAAUUUCGGAAUUUCGGCUCCCUAAAUGCAUCUCUGGACGCUCCAAGAGCAAAGGAGUUGUUCGCAAACUGAAACUCAAGCUCUCUGUUAUUUUUGGGCUUCUAGGGGUGGUUCUUGUUCUGGUUUUUGUGUAUGUAUGUUGGUUGAAGAAGAAGAAAGCACCAGAACCAACUUCAAGUUCCAUAGCUGAUACCUGGCAAAACUUAUCUUAUGGAACUCUCCUUAAAGCAACUGAUGGAUUUUCUUCAACUAAUUUGAUCGGUGUUGGCAAUUUUGGAUCCGUCUACAGGGGAUUACUCCAGGAGAAUGGGAUUUACAUUGCUGUGAAGGUGCUUAAUUUGACGCAUCAGGGUGCUCUGAAUAGCUUCAAAGCUGAGUGCGAGGCUUUAAAGCGUAUCAAACACCGAAAUCUUUUGAAAGUACUAACAGUAUGCUCGGGUACUGAUUAUGACGGAAAUGACUUUAAGGCUUUGGUCUAUGAGUUCAUGGUCAAUGGUAGCCUCGAAGAGUGGUUACACCCAUCUCCAAUACCAGCGGAUGCAAACGGGCCUUCAAAAAAUCUGAGUCUCAUCCAAAGGAUAAAGAUUUCCAUCGACAUUGCUUUUGCACUGGAUUAUCUUCAUAAUCAAUGCCACAACACCAUAGUUCAUUGUGAUCUAAAGCCAAGCAAUGUCCUUUUAGACGCUGAGAUGGUUGGACAUGUCGGUGACUUUGGAUUGGCAAAGAUCGUCCUUGAGUCCACUUCUCACACAAACACAAGUAUGAGCUCAGCUGGUUUGAGAGGAACAAUUGGUUAUGUUGCUCCAGAAUAUGGAAUGGGAAGUGUGGUUUCUAUUGAAGGCGAUGUCUAUAGUUAUGGCAUCCUCUUGCUAGAGAUGUUCACAAGAUUCAAUCCCACGGCUGAGAUAUUUAAAGAAAACUUGAACCUUCAUGAUUUCGUUGAGGAAGCUUUGCCUGAAAGAGUCCUAGAGAUUACCGAUUCCAUUCUAGUUCAAGAAGUAGAGAGCAAUGCAUGCCAUAGCAUAAAGAGCACAGCCGAGGAUUGUCUGCUAAUGGUCUACGGAAUUGGGAUCGCCUGCUCAGUUGGAGUCCCAGGAGAGCGAAUGAGCAUCACAGGUGUAGCAACUCAACUACGUUUGAUUAGGGACAGACUUUACGCAGCUGGCUUACGAGAUAGUUCGGUGGGGGUGUUCGGUGGCUUGCGUGACUCGGCGGUGAUGUCCGAUGGUGGCUCACGAUGUGGUGUCUCGGCCAAAGCUCGCGGUGGCACGGCGGUGCAGCAGUGCUUGGGAGUUCUCCGUAAAACUGUGAACGUCGGGCUCGUGGCGCAUCUGGACAGCAGCUUCGUGGCUAUGGCACGCCAAAGUGGCUGGAGUUGCUGGAAUGUCGUGAUGGGGGCUUUGACUUUCGGCAACGAAGUAUGCAAGUUUGCUCGGUGA